AAAAUAAAUCCAAAUUUUAUUGAUUUAAAAGAUAAUUACGAUUUUAAAUUAUUAGAAAGAUUUUAUCAAGAGUUGGUUAUACCAAAUUUUCCAAAUGAACACGAAUUAGAGCCAUUAGAAAAUUGGGUGGAGAUGUUUAAUGAUAACGAAGAUAAUUUAAAUGACGAUAAUAGUAAUAAUAGCUUUGGUUAUCAUAAUAGUAAUAAAAUAAUUUCAGAUAAUAAUAUUAAUAAUUAUAAUAAUAGUAAUUAUAAUAUAAACGAAGAUGAAGAUAGUUUAAUUUUUAUUGGUAGUACAAAUAAUGAAGGAAGUGCAACAUAUAGUAGUAGUUAUAGUAAUAAUAUAAUAAUGAAUAAUGGUGCAGAUAUUUAUACAACAGCAACUAAUAGUGAAUGUAGCGAUGAAGAUGAUAGAGUUGAUUUUCAUAUUUUAUUAGCAAUAUGUCCACCAGAGCAUGUUAUACCUGGCCAAUCCAAUAUAUUAGGUGGUAUUGUAUUCGAGUACUAUCCAUCUAUAAAUUGUGGCUGUAUUACCUAUUUAUUAGUAAACACAAAUUAUAGAGGUCAAGGUUUUGCUGCAAUACUUUUAAAAGAGGCAUCAAGUAGAUUAAUGGAAAAUGGCAAAACAAGAGGCCAUUUAUCUGGUUGUAAUGCAAUUUUUUUAGAAACAAAUUCUGCUGAAAAAGUUAAACCUGAAGAUGAUGUUAUGGAUCCAGCAAAGAGACACGCAAUAUUUUAUAAAUUAGGUAUUAGAUUAUUGGACUUUGAUUAUAUUCAGCCACCCUUAUCAAAUGAAAGUGGAAAAUGUAAAGACUUAUUAUUAACUUGUUUAUUAACACCAACUAUACCAAAGCAAGUGUUUGGGAAAGAAGAAAGAUAUUAUUUACCCUCAUCAUUACUAUUAAAUUUUUUAAGAGUCUUUUGGGCAAGUUGUUACUCACGUUUAGAAAAUAAAGAUUGGGAACAAGAUGUCGACUUUAGAAGAAUGAUGGAUCAGUUAAAUAGAAGAGAGAAAAUACCACUUUUAGAUUUACCAUGGAAUAGACCCUGGACAUUAUUAGAUUUAAGAGAUAGUUUUGAUUCAAAGCAAUUAAUUACAAAAUUUUAUAACCAAGUAUUAGUUCCAAAUUAUCCAGGUAUAAACGAAUUAGAGCCAUUGGAUGUUUGGUUUAAAAUGUUACCAACUUCUUCAGAACAACAGCAACAGAAAGAACAGAAACAGAAACAGCAGGAUACACAGUUGUUAAUAGAUAACGAAGAUUUUCAUUUAUUGGUUGCAUUAAGAUAUCACGAAGAUGAGGAUACAUCAAAACAAGAGCCAAUUAUUUGUGGUGGUUUGGCAUUCGAAUACCAUAAAGAAACAAAUUGUGGUCUGUUAACUUAUUUCUUAGUUGGUGAUGGUCCAAAUAAUAGAUCAGAAAAUAUGGCAAGGGCAUUAAUUCAACGUGCUGUAGAUAUUUUAGAACAAAAUGCAAUUGAUUGCGGUAAUUUAGCCGGUUGUAAUGCUAUAUUUUUAGAAUCAAAUGAAGUACAUAGAGAUCUACCAUCAAACGAUACAGGUAAAAGCAGCGUCGAUGCCGCUAUUAAAACAAACAAAUGUAACACUAUUGAAACAAACAUUACCGAGAUAUCUUAUAAAAAAGAAUUUUUAUUUAAUAUGGGAUGGAGAAAAUUAGAUAUUCAAUAUGUCCAACCACCAUUAUCAACUGAAAAUAUUAAAAGCAAAUCACUUAACCUAUUAGUAUUAAUUACACCAAGAAUACCACAGUUGAAUAUUGGCACAGAGCAGUAUUAUUAUUUACCAAACACAUUGAUAAACAGUUUUAUAGUUAGCUUUUGGGAAAGUACAUCAAAAAGAAAUCAUAAUUGCCAUAAAUUGGCAAAUUGGUAUGAAAGAGAUCAUGAUUAUAUGACAAUGUUGGAUAGUAUUUCAAGAAGAGAAAGGAUACCAUUAAUAGAUUCACUUGAGCAAUGGAAAACUAACCAAUCAAUUAGCAUUAUCGAUCUAGCAGUAGACUAUCACCAAGAUUUAUUCAACGAAUUUUACAAUUGCUUACCACAAGACAUCGAUAUUGAAAGUAGAGAGCAACUAGAGCAACUUUUAAAACAUAGCUCAAGUGUCACAACAUACCAAUCCAAAUCUUCAGUAUCUAGAAGACCAGAGGAUAUUCAUAUUUUAUUAGCAGUUUCAUAUUUUGACCAAAACAAAACUACACCAACCAUUUUGGGGUCAUCUAUAUUCUCUUAUUUAUUAAACAGCAAUUGUGGUAUCAUUACCAAUGUAUUAACUCAUCAAAAUAAUAUUUUAUCAAGUAAUUUAUUACAGUUUUCAAAAGAUCCUCAAGAAAAUAGAAUGAUCGAUACAAUUCUAUUAAACGAAUCAGUCGAAAUUAUAAAUAUAAUUUCAAAAUCAAAAACCCAUAUUUCAGGCCCAAAUACAAUAUUUUUAGAAGCAUUGAAAAGUACAAGCGGUAGUAAAGUUUGUGAAGUUAGUAAUGCCGAUAAGCUUAUACAACUACCAUUUAGUUUCGAGAUUCAAAAUUUAGGUUGGAAUAUUGUAGAUAUCAAUUAUUAUAAACCACCAAGAUCAAAUAAUACUUUAAAUAAUAGCUCAUCCUCACUAUCAAUACUUUGUGCCUUACAAACCGAACAAAUACCAAAACUAGAUGACUUGACUACUUUUUACAUUCCAAGAGAACUUUUAAGAGCAUUUAUUAAAUCGUAUUGGGCAACUUUGUUUACUAGAAACCAAAUUUCAAUAGAAGAGUUUUCGAAAAGUGAAACAAACACCAAAAUGAACCAACAAACAAAAUCAAGAGAUAAGUUCUUAUUAUUAGAU